UUUCAGGCACUUAAAUUUACAGCAAUAAAAUCCAGUUUCGGGUCGAAAUUCAGUGCGCACCAUGGUAACAUUCGCUGACCUGGGUAACGAGAAACCGGAACCCACAAAGCGGCACGAAGAUUGCAGGAGGCCUGAUAUAUUGGUUGCACAGAUAGACCACUUGAGGAAAUUGGUCAAGUCGAACCAUAUGCUAAUGGAGCAGAUGCAAGCCAAGGAUCGGGCAAUGGACAGACUGCGGGAGGAACAGAAAAUCAUUCACACCAACUUGAUAAAACGUUUUGAAAGUAUCGAAAAGGAACUCACAUCUGCAGCAUCCUCGCUCAAUGGUUUCAGAACAUGCUAUCGAUGUAAGCGGCGCCCUGACUCCUGCUCGCAUUCAAGCGUCAAUGCGUUAUACGAUCAGCAAAUGAGUGAGUUGAAAGGCAAACUGAAUUCGAUUGGGAAGGAACUGAAGCUGUUGCAACAGGAUAAUAGUCCAUCAGCGGAAAGAGAAACUAGUCAAAGGCCUUGCAAAGUGUCCAGUGUGCUAGAGUCCAAGGCACAUUGCAAGUCCUAUGAAAACCUCUCACAUGAGUGCAAAUUGGCAAAAACUAAGCUGCGGAAUUUGGUGUUACAACAAAAGGAGACAAAAUCGCUUCUCCACACGCUAGAGAAGCGACUAGAGCGACAAAAGAAAGAACGUAAAAUUAUGCUAAUCGGAAAACUGACAAAAAAUGUAUAUUUGGAUGAAAAAGAUCUACCCAAUGAGAGCCAGAACCAUGAUAACCGACGCCGUCAGGUGCGUCUAAUCUGCAAGAAGGUCCUUCAGUCGCUGCAAAACAUAAAGGACCUAAAGCAAAACAAUCUCAGCCGACCUCCAUCGGAAUGUGAUAAAAGCGAGAGCAAUGGCAAAAUGUGUAGCGUCACAAAUUCAUGUGUUGAAAAGACCACAGAUGUUAGCCGCAACCCUUACAUGAAUAUAUCUUAGACUCCA